UAAAAAUGUCAUUGAAACUUGUGACAGACGUGCAUACAGAAAUAAACAAAACAUUUCCCACAAAUUCUUAUUUUGUUUGUGGAACCUACGAAUAUUAUCAUUAUCUAUGCGAUGGUUUUGAUGAUAGGGGAUGGGGUUGCGGCUACAGAACCUUACAAACGAUUUGUUCCUGGAUGAUGCAUAAUAAUUAUAAUAAUUCUCAAAACGUUCCGAGUAUUACAGAAAUUCAGAAGAUUUUAGUGGAAUUGGAGGACAAGCCAGAAUCCUUUUUGGGUUCCAAGCAAUGGAUUGGUAGCUUUGAGGUAUGUCUUACCCUAGACAAACUAUACAAUGUUUCAAGCAAAAUAAUCCAUGUGAACAGGGGAGAUGACCUUGAGAACAUAGUGGACAAUCUGUGCACUCAUUUUGAGAAAUUUGGCAGCCCUGUGAUGAUGGGAGGUGAUCUUGACUGCUCUUCUAAGGGUGUGGUGGGAGUGCAUGUAGAUGGAGUGAACUCUCAGCUGUUGAUUGUGGAUCCACACUAUGUAGGUAAAGAAGAGUCAAAGGAGUUUCUGCAUCGCAAAGGCUGGGUCAAAUGGCAGCCACUGAAAGACUUCUUGAGCACAUCAUUUUACAAUCUGUGUUUACCACAAGUGAAAGCACAGUAAAAAGAUGAGUGAUAAUAAAUUCAUAUUUUAACUGAU